CUCGAUCCAGUCACCUAGCUGCUUGCUUAUUACUUGCGACGGAACUGCGUACCGGUAUCUACCUGCUGUGGCAUCGCAUUAUCACUUGUUUCCUGGACCCUUGUUGCCUGUCCUCUGUUCGGGCAGAAACGUGAAUUCUAAUUUCCUGGUCGAGCCAAGCCGCCCCGGGAUCAGGCCCAGUGUGAUUUGCUCGCCCGCGACGUGGCUGGUCCUGGUAUACGGACCGCAGACGGAGCCAGGCAGGCAGGCGGGCGGGCUCACCGUCCGUUCAUAAAAGCUUGCUGCUGGGGAUCGUCACGGCUUCUGGUAUAUUCACUUUCGGGGGGUACAUUAUGCGGUCACUCUUCCCUCUGAUUCACGCAUCAUGGCUCUGUGGCACAAUAAGAAUGCCCCUUUCCUUCGGGAGAUUGGGCUCCCGAAUUCACUGCCUCAAUAACAAAAAAUCCACCGCAUUGAGAUCACACUCCACAGUUCGCUCGAAAACACCAAAACAAGUCAGUAUGGGCUCGGUUCCGGAUACAAAAGCCAAUGUCCUCCUGGUCGGCUCCGGUGGGGUUGGCACGAUGGCAGCCUACGCCCUUGAGCAAGGAGGCAAGGCGAGCGUGACGGCAGUCCUGAGAUCCAACUACAAUGCCGUCAACGAGAAGGGCUUCCAGAUCAACUCCAUCCAGCAUGGCCAGGUCAAGGGCUGGAAGCCAAGUUUUGUUCGCAACACCAUCCCGAAAGUCAAAGAGGAGGAUCUGCACUACAACUACGUAGUCAUCGCCACCAAAAACAUCGCAGACAUCCCACCCUCAAUGCCAGAGGUCAUCGCCCCAGCCAUCACACCAGGGCGCACCAACAUCCUCCUGCUCCAAAACGGCCUCAACAUCGAGCGGCCCUUCAUCAAGGCCUUCCCAACCAACCCCAUCCUCUCAGGGAUCACAGUCAUCGGCGCCUCAGAGAACCCCAGCGGCACGAUCAAGCACGACAACUACGACAUCUCCUACAUCGGCGCCUUCGACAACCCAGGCGUCGACCCGGCCACAAGCCAGGCCGCAGCCCGGGCCUUUGUGGACCUGUACGGCGCCUGCCCCGCCGUGACGUGCACCUACGACGCCGACGUGCCGUUCAGCCGGUGGCGCAAGCUGCUGUACAACGCGAGCUUCAACACGGUCGCGGCGGUGCUGCGCAUGGACGUGUCCACGAUGCGCGCGAGCGAGCACGUCGUCGACGACCUGGUCCGGCCGCUGAUGCUGGAGAUCGUCGCCGCCGCCGCCGCCGCGGCGGGCGUCGUGCUGCCCCGCGCCGAGGUCGAGAAGAUCAUCACCGUCGACCUGUACGCCAGCUUCUUCGUCCCGAGCAUGGCGCAGGACGUCCUGCGGGGGAACUUCACCGAGUUUGAGAACAUCGUCGGGGAGCCGCUGCGGGAGGCCGAGGCGCGCGGGGUGCCGGUCCCGACGCUGAGGGUUGUCUAUGGGCUGCUGAAGGGCUUGCAGUUCCGGACCAUGGUUGCGAAGGGGCUGGUUGAGGUCCCGGGGAGGAGCUCGCCUGAGAUGAAGUAUGGUGAUAAGAAUCAGAAGUGGUGA